UCUCUUCUGAUAUCUAUAAAGUAACUAACCGCCUAAGAUCAGACGGCGUAGAACAUGCUCACCGCUCUCCGAUUAGCAACGGCGAGAACCCCACCACCCGCUAGCCCUUUGCCGCACCGAUUGCUUGGCCGGAGCCACAUCAGAUUACGACGAGCUGUAACAACAGGAGCUGCUGGCUGUCCCGACGCCGCCGCCGACGACGACGACAUGCAGAAAGUAAACGACACCGAGAAACCGCCGCCGCAGCCUGCUGCCGAACAACCACCCAAAGUCGGGGACACAAUGUCAUCGUUUGGGGAAGGAUAUGCGACGAGGUCCGACGAGGAAGGGUUCGGAGGGAUAUACGGCGGAAAUACAGGGGAAGAAGAAGGAGAGAAAAUUAUCCGAGGAAAUACCCCUGCCGAAUAUGGUGAGAAUCAAGGCAGCGAAGUAAAAGAGAAGGAGAAAGGGCGCCACCAACCCCAUCAUCACCCUUCAACCUAGCUACCUACGUACCUACAAUAUGCAUGCAUGCAUGGCAUUCACUGCUCAUUGCAACACAACACAACAAAAUACAUAUA